AUCCCCUCACUGCAGAGCUCGGCCUGCAGCCACUGACAGGAUCAUUGAUGAACAGGGGCUCGGAACAAGCUCCCUCCUCACCUGUGCAUGAGUUGGCUCACUUCCCGGGACCUGUCGUCUUUCGUCCCCUCAGCAAGCAAGCAAAGCCAGCCUGCCUGAGUUUGCUCUCUUGUGCGUUCCUGGCAAGAAACCAACUCGGGGCAAACGAUCUCAGCUCAGAUUGUUGUAUCAGUCUCCAGUCAGGAGCCUCUGAGCGCAGCGUGCGAGGGCCUGGGUGAUGAUCUGUAGCCUCGAGUGUAGCAUCUCAUCUGAUCAGCAGUAGCGCUGAUUUUGGAAGUUUAAAACCCCAUUGACAGCUCCCUUCAUUCCAUCGAGUGCUCUCACAUUCGCCGUCCACCUCCUUUCCAGAGAGCUGAGCCGAGCUGUGCUCUCGCCGUAGUGGAGCUUGUAAUCGCUCCCGGAAGAAUAAUCACGUGUGUCAUAGACAGCACCAGUGUCAAGCGUCGAGUGAGCAGCUCCAGUAAUCUCUCUCUCUCUCGCUCUUGCUGUCAGUCAGAGGUUGCAGCUGCAGCUGCUGCUGAUGCGAUGGCCCGUCGAGCAGUUCUCGCUCUCGUGCUUCUCUCGGCGCUCUGUUUGCAACUGACAGCCGAGGCUGGACGAGCAUCGACAGAGAUUACCAAAACCAAAAACGUCGACCUGUUCAGAGAACCAAAUGAAGCGGAGAUUAGUGAUUUCUACAGCUGGGUAGCUAGAGUCGGACAGAAGUUCCAGCUGAAGAAGCUGGCAGCUGCGCAGCAGCAGACACCCUCUGCAGCAGCGACAGUGCAGCCCGCUGCGGAUGGCGACAUUCAGACUUACAUCGUUGUGGACCAGAAUGGUCAAGGACAGUUUCUCACCGUGCAAGAUGCUAUCAACUCCAUCGAGAAGAAUCAGAAGCGCACAACUCGCAUUACCAUCCAGAUCAAUGCCGGUCGAUACGAGGAGAAAGUUCUGAUCGCUAAGAACCUUCCAUUCCUCACUCUUCAAGGCGCUGGGAGGGAGAACACCAUCAUUGUGCACGCUGAAACGAAGGAGCAGGCAGGCAGUGACAUUGCGGAUGCUACGGUCGCCAUCAGCGCACCCAACUUCAUCGCCAGAAAUAUUACAUUCCAAAAUUCUGCACCUGCCCCUCCGUCGGGAGCUGUCGGUCAGCAAGCUACAGCCCUGUACAUUUCAGGGGACAUGGGCGCCUUCUACGGAUGCGGCUUCCUCGGAGCUCAGGACACUCUGUACGACCACAAUGGCCGCCACUACUUCGAGGAGUGCUACGUCGAAGGGUCCAUCGACUUCAUCUACGGAGACGGCAAGUCGCUUUACAAAAAAUGUCAAUUGAAUGUGAUUCCAACCAAGACCGGGUCACUGACUGCACAGAAGAGAUUGGGCGGAGAUGAGGACACCGGAUUCUCCUUCGUGGAUUGCGCGGUGACGGGCAUGGGCAGGGUUUACUUGGGCCGUGCCUGGGGAGCUUACUCUCGUGUCGUGUUCGCCAACACCUGGCUAGCCGACAUCAUUAUCCCUGAGGGUUGGCAGAAUUGGAGCGAUCCUUCCCGCGAACAGACUGUGUACUAUGGAGAAUACGAUUGCUUCGGCCCUGGAGCAAAUUCUGCUGGACGGGUGUCGUGGUCGAAGAUCCUCUCAUACGCUGAAGCCGAACCUUUCAUGACUUUAAGCUUCAUCGAUGGAGAGAGCUGGGUCUUUUAGUUAGAAAAGCUUAGAGUUGGUAUUUCUCAAUUUUUCUCUCGGUUCACGGACAGGAAAUAAGUGUCUGGAAACUGCACAGAAGGUUUGGAGCAUCGUCAGACUCCAUGGUGCGGAGACACGAGUGAGAUUGUCAUCCAUGUGAAUAUUCUUGGCCGGCUAGCUAGAUAGACAGUGUCAAAAGUAGGCUGGUGGGCGCCCUUUUAAUCUUCCCCCACCAGAUAACAUAGUACAGCUCCAUUCAUGAUUUCCAGUCUGGGGCACUCAAUUUUCUCCGGCCAUGUGACACAUUUCACUGACCCCCUGCUGUAAUGCUCUUGCAAUACCAAGAAUCAAAGUACGAAUGUCGCACCACUAUCAUCUUC